AUGAGCCGCACAGCACUUGUCACGGGCGCCAGUGGGUAUAUUGCCCUCCACGUCAUCAACUUUCUUCUCCAGGAUGGCUGGACUGUCCACGGAACAGUGCGAAGUCUGAAGAACGCUGAAAAAGUAAAGCCGAUCCUAGAACUAGAGAAAGGCUCCCCUGGUACGCUUCGGCUUUUCGAGGCGGACCUACUUGAUGCAGGCUCCUUUCUGGAAUCCAUGCAAGGCUGCGAUGUCGUGAUCCACGUCGCAUCACCUUGCCUGAUGCCAGAGCAUAUCAAAGAUCCCCAAAGGCAGCUAGUUACACCAGCCCUUGAAGGCACACGCAACGUGCUCGAGAGCGUCAACAAGACGCCGUCUGUGCGGCGGGUUGUUUUGACCUCAUCCGAGGGUGCUAUGCGAGGUAACGCCAAUGAAGCGUUGUUGAUGGAAAACCACACCGUCCAUGAAAGCUACUGGAAUGAAGCAAGUUCUUUAACCCAUAAUGCUUAUGCUUACUCAAAAACACUAGCUGAGCGAGAGGCUUGGAAGAUGGCCGAUGCCCAAAAGAGAUGGAAGCUUGUUACCAUAUGCCCAAGCACAGUUGUGGGACCCAGCCUCACUCCCAACUCGGUCUCAGCAAGUCUGGACCUCAUUGAGCAAAUCAUGAAUGGAAGUAUGAUUUUUGGAGUCCCAGAUAUGUACAUGCCUAUGGUUGACGUACGGGAGGUGGCACUAGCCCACGUCCGAGCUGCCAAGGUACCAGAAGCUCGUGGCAGAUACAUACUGUCGAGCCACGAAGUCACUGGCCUCUUGGAAAUUGCGCUCAUCAUCCGAUCAAUCCAUAAGUACCCCUGGAUUGUCCCCUUUUGGCAGCUUCCUAACUGGAUUGUUCGGCUUACCGCGCCCCUUGCCGGCGUGACAAGAAGAUACAUAGACUGUAACCUUGGAAUCAAGUUCAUGGUGGAUAAUUCGAGAAGCAAGUCGGAGCUCGGGAUAGAGUACCGGUCUUUAGAUGAGUCUCUAACUGAUCACUAUAAUCAACGCGUCCUUGAUAAAGCAAGGAAAUAG